AUGAAAAGCUUCCAGACAAAGAAGUUGUUGCUUGAUAUGGUUGAAGUCGAAGAUGGGACGGCGAAAGGCAUAUACGCAGCAGUUAAGCAAUCAUUCAGCGAUCUGCAUGUUCCAGUGAAUAAUAUCAUUGGCUAUUCUUCUGACACCUGCAACGUCAUGUUCGGGGAGUAUAAUUCCAUUUCCCAACUUCUAAGGGCAAAGUUCCCAGAUGUUGUCACAGUAAAGUGUUCAUGUCACCUGAUUCAUUUAGUAUCUUCUCAGGCAGCCCUACAAUUGCCAAAAGGCUUGGAAGAUUUGUGUCGAGAUGUAUUUGCUCAUUUCAGACGCUCCUCGAAAAGGCAAGAUACCUACAAGGAGUUUCAAGAGUUCUUUAAAGUUGAGCCCCACAAGUUGCUCGCACCUGCACAAAUGAGAUGGCUUUCAUUGGAGGCAUGUGUCAACCGCAUUCUUCUUAAAGAAGAAGUAGAGGGGCUGAUCCGAUCCAUUUCAAGUGAUUUCAUGGAGGUGCCCUAUAUAAAAGCCACCAACCCGAAAGAUAUCGAUCCAUCAAAUGUUGGUUUCCAACUUCCACUGGAUAAAACCUACGUUCGUUUGGCAGCCACCACAACCCUACAUGAAAUUAAAGAAGUCACAGGAGAGGAUCAUGCUGACGUGCAUAAUUUUCUAAUGAAUUGUAGGAACUUUCUCAUCGAAAGUAUUAAGCAGAUCCUGCAAAAGUUUGAUAUAGAAGCUGAGAUACAUGAUGUCGUCCAAUGCACUUUGCCUCGAAAUGCUGCAGCUCAUGUUCCCCCUUCCCCGACAGAAGUUGUCAAGAAGCUACCGUAUCUCAAUACCGUCUUAGCUACCAAAAAGCUUGAUGGUGAAUGGAGGGAGCAUGUGUUUGAAGAGAAGCUCACUCCUGAUCUCAAAUGGGAGGAAUACUGGUUGGUCAUCAAAGAUGCCAAGAUCUCGUCAGGAGAGCCAAAGUAUCCAAAUCUGACAAGAUUUGUUGAGCUUGUUUCCUCUUCUCCUUUCUCCAAUGCUGCUGUUGAGAGAAUGUUCAGUCUGCUGAAGAGAAUCAAGACAGACGAUCGCACACGUUUGAAAUCCUCUUCACUGGUUUCCCUGCUACACUGCAAGUUGGCCAUGAAAAAUGGGAACUAUACUGCAGCUGGUCUAAAACCAACUAAGCAAGUAUUGGAUCUGAUUUCUGAAAUGAAAUCCAAUGCCACCGACGGGUAG